CUUCGUAGUUGGCACAGUACAGCUAGGACUGUCAAGGAUGUUAGCAACCAAGUUAACAUUGUUCCUGUCAUGCAUGGCCGUCAUCGCCUGCGAGCGACCGUCGGAGCGCAAUGGCCGCCGGUCUCUGGAUAUAGUCAAGUAUGUCCAAUCACGGCGGCAGCAAGAAAUUCCUCCUACGGGAGAUGACCACCCUGAUUAUUCAGGAAGGCGCAAGCAAGAAGACCCCCCAGAAAAUCGUCGCAUGCAAGAAGACCCCCCAGACUAUCGUCGCAAGCAAGAAGACCCCCCAGACAAUCGUCGCAAGCAGCAAGAAAUUCCUCCUACGGGAGAUGACCACCCUGAUUAUUCAGGCAGGCGCAAGCAAGAAGACCCUCCAGAAAAUCGUCGCAAGCAAGAAGACCCCCCAGACUAUCGUCGCAAGCAAGAAGACCCCCCAGACAAUCGUCGCAAGCAGCAAGAAAUUCCUCCUACGGGAGAUGACCACCCUGAUUAUUCAGGCAGGCGCAAGCAAGAAGACCCUCCAGAAAAUCGUCGCAAGCAAGAAGACCCCCCAGACUAUCGUCGCAAGCAGCAAGAAAUUCCUCCUACGGGAGAUGACCACCCUGAUUAUUCAGGCAGGCGCAAGCAAGAAGACCCCCCAGAUAAUCGUCGCAAGCAAGAAGACCCCCCAGACAAUCGUCGCAAGCAGCAAGAAAUUCCUCCUACGGGAGAUGACCACCCUGAUUAUUCAGGCAGGCGCAAGCAGCUAAUAAUUCCUCCUAUGGUAGAUGACCACCCUGAUUAUUCAGGCAGGCGCAAGCAGCAAGAAAUUCCUCCAACUGGAGAUGACCACCCUGAUUAUUCAGGCAGGCGCAAGCAAGAAGACCCCCCAGAAAAUCGUCGCAAGCAAGAGGACCCCCCAGACUAUAGACGACAGAAUGAAUAUACGACGAAAGGACCUGUCCCCGGGCGUAAGUAGAAAACCUCUGAAAUCAAUGCAAGUAAGAUGAAAAUGAAGAAGCAUGAAGAUUAUCCUUCACAACUAUUACUUUGAUUUUGAAAUUAUUAUUACUUCAAAAUUCUUGUGGCUGUAGGUAUUUAGUAAAAAAAAUAGAUUUAAUGAUAGAUCUACAUGUCUUUCGGUUUCAACACCGUUGAUCUGCUAAUCUACUUAAUUUUACUAAAUGUAAUCAGUUUUGUUCAACAAAAACUUAUGAAAUUUCGUAAAUUUUAAUAAAUAGUGAAGGCAACAA